AUGGCCACAGAUAAGUCAACAAGGAAGGGAGGCAGACAGCGCCGCGGGGGCACUUCAAUGGAUUUGCCUGAAGAUCUUUAUGAGUUGUACAAAACUGAUCCUGAGGAGAGCUAUGGUCAACGCAAAACUCGAAUCCAAUGGAUUCGAAGAUAUUGGGCCGAGCAAUGGUUCAAGUACAGAUUCGUCACCAAGGAAUAUGCUGAAAAGAAUGCCAUCAAGCGACCUUGGGGAGAUAUUCUCUACAAAAAUCUUCAACCCAAGUCUAGGUCUGAAGCUAUUGCUCAGGGUUUCUACCCGUGCAUGGUCCGUGGACCACAGCCCGCUGAUGCCGACCCAUCGUCUCUGUUAUGGUGUCGAGAAGAUAGCUUGUUCAAGCGCAACUACAAGUUUGCCAAGGACUCUGCAGUAAAGAACAAGAAGAGUCUUGGGUGCAAUUUCAACCCACGUCCUCCUGCUCCUCGGGCUGAUGGCACACGUGAUGCCAAUCCCAAUGUCAUCGGCCCCUUCGACAACUUUGAUGGUCUCCUCUCCUACAUCGCUGCCCAGAGGGCCAUAGUGGAUCAGUAUGGAGAUGAAGCUGAUUCUGAUGAAGCUCCUGCUCCGCCGAAGCCUCAAAAGCAGAAGAAACCCAAGGCUUCAAAGCCUUCUUCUGCACCAAGAGCUUCGCGUGCGAAGCCUCUGGCCACUGCUCCUCCUGCACCUAGUGUGCAUUCUGAAGAUCUCUCUCGCAUCUCCAAGACAGAGAAUAAGAAGAAGCCCAUGCAAACUAGUGGUCAAGCACUGACCCCAGCUACCGUUCUGAGGAAUGAAAACAAAGCCAUUGAUCUGUCUAGUGACGACGAUCUUGAUUACAAUGAAGAUGAGAAGCGCAAGGCGCUUGGGCAUCCUGGCAUCGACCCCAAGAUGGCUGCCAAGAAGACGAAGCCUGCUAUCUCAAGAAAACAAGAACAGCCGAAGCCGAAGCCGAAGCCAGAAAGUGCAAGUCAAAGAACACCACUGAUGAAGCUCCACCAACCAAGAAGAGAAAAACCAAGAAGAAAGACCGGGCUGCUCCCACAGAGCCCCUCGUCGUCGAGCUAA